CUCUCUCUCAUUCCUGCGUAGACUGCUGCUUUUACUUGCCUUUUUGAUACUUCCAGAACACCCCGUUCAUAAGGCAUUAGACGUUGUAUAAGCUAGCUACUUGUUAUAUCUCCUCCUUGUUUGAGUCAUUUCAUGGGUCCUUCUUUUCUCGUCACCCGGAAACACUGAUAGGCGGUAUGCUCGGCUGCAAUGAAAUAGUCGGCCGUCUCCGUAGGAAUUUUCAGAAAAAACGACCGAGAUUCUUUGCGACAUCGCGAGAGAUACGCUCAACCUCCAGAAUUCAAACAGUACCUUACAAUGUCGCCGUACCUUCACAAGACUGUCAAGACUGGAUGAGCGCUCCCGCGAAGCGUUCGAACGUUCCUGGACAGUUCGCAAUCUAUAGGGCGUCCGGUCCUAUCCGAUGCCGUCAUGUGACGUUUUUUCGUCAUUCCAUACGAACUGACCGUUUGUAUGUGGGUUUUCUCUCGCUAUCAACCUAUGUCGCGUCGGCUCCGAGUCGAGGAAGCUUCAAAGUGUCAUCUAAUGAUGUGAAUGACCUUAACCGACAGCCUUCUCCCAGGCUCCAUUUCCACUUGUUCAAUACAGCUCACGAGGGAACGAACCGUCUUCAAUGUUACGAGAACCAAUUCCCCAUAUCAUCUUACCUCCGACGCUUUUGGGCGAUGGUUCCGACCCAUGCAAGCUUCUGUGUUCGAAAGAAAUGCAUUGGUGAGAAUGUCAGCCUUGUAGUUCUAAGCGAGUGCAGGGCGUAAUUGGGUUACUGCGGUCGAGCCAUGAUGGUUCAUUGCUUCUGACCGAGAAGGGAAAUAUACUCGCAGGAUGACUUUCGUAGUGACCUUUUCUGUGCAAAUAUUCUCUUAUAAGCCGAGGACUUGCGGAACUUGCGGAACUUGCAGUGAAGAUGUGUCCUCAAAUGCCAAUUGCCUGAAGAUUCUACGCCACAGAAGUUCUGUGACCCACUGUGAGGCCGGACAUUAGUGAGAUGUGGCGGGCUUAUCUUCGAAUUCUAUAGGUUGUAAGAUGUGU